AUGUGCCUCUCUCUCUUUCCUUUCCUUUCCUCUGUGUGUGUCUUUGGGUGCCGUCUGCCGCGGGCAUGCCGUGCGCCCCGGCGUGCUCGCCUCUUUUUGGCGACUGCAGCGGUGUGGUGUUGGGAGCGGGCGAGGGGCCUCUUUUUACUGCGGCUGCGCUCGCCGUGGGGAUGUUUUGCGUUGCCCCAGCCGCGCGGGGAGGGGCUUGCCGAUUCCCCCGCGUGUUUGUUUGGGCGCCUGCGGCGGAGCCGGGGGGUAAAAUGCGGAGCCCCAACCGCUGCUGCUCCGCCGCGCGUUGCCGCGGAGCGAACUCGUGCGGCUCGGCGCACUGACGGGUUGACUGUUGGGCCGACCGCAGGGACUGUGGCGGCUGCGGCAGCCCGUGCCCAGGCCCUGCUGAUUAGUUGCGGUGCUCGGCGGCGGAUGCAUGCGAGCCGCUCGGGGCACGUGUUUGUUUUUUGCCCCGCAUGUUUGUUUGUUGCGUUGCCCGCCACGCGGCGGCGGUGCUGGCGCCCCGCACGAAGAGGAGCUCGCAGCCCCUUCGCCGCUUUUCUCACGGAGGCGCGAGCGGCGGCGCGUUGGCUACCGCGGCCGGUCGGACGUGCGGCUUCCCCGCGGGCCCUCACAAACGCGUGGCGGACCGCACGCCCACGGCGCUGCUCAACCGUCGCCGUGGGCUUCUAA